GCUAGGUGGAGUAAGUAUCAUUUUACUCUGUUUGGGAUUUUACAGUAAAUUUUGCUUGAUUUAUCCAAUUGUAGGAAAACUUGGGUUGCUUGAUUCCUUGUGACUAUUAGAUCAUUCUGAUUUCAAAUGGAAGAGUUAAGUGCUGCUCUUGCUCAAGUUGCAGCAACCGGUGGAUCACCAAAGGAUCAGACUGACAAGUAUCGUGUUAUUUUAGAUGCUAUUGUUGCAAAUCAAAAUAUCAAUGAAUUGAUCGAAGGAGUUAAGCUUUUCGUCAAAAGUAUUAUAAAUGAAUCAGUUAGUUUGGUUAUAUCCAGACAAUUGUUGAUUGACAUUGCCGCUAUGUUGACAAAAUUUCAAAAUGAUGUUACCAAGUCCAUUGCUCAUUUCAUAUUGGACAAAGUUCAACCUCGUGUUAUAUCAUUUGAGGAACAAGUCGCCGCAAUUCGUCAACAUUUAGCAGGUAUUUAUGAGAAAGAGGAACAAUGGAAAGAGGCCGCUAAUGUCUUGGUUGGAAUCCCAUUAGAAACUGGCCAAAAACACUAUACAGCUGAUUAUAAAUUAGAAACGUAUCUGAAAAUUGCUCGACUGUACUUAGAAGAUGAAGAUCCUGUUCAAGCUGAAGCUUUCAUAAACCGUGCGUCCAUGCUCCAAGCUUCAACACAAAAUGAACAAUUGCAAGUACAUUACAAAGUCUGUUAUGCUCGCGUUCUUGAUUAUCGUAGAAAAUUUAUAGAAGCUGCUCAGAGAUAUAAUGAACUCAGCUAUAAAACAAUUGUUGACGAAAAUGAAAGAAUUGAAAGCUUGAAAAAAGCUAUGAUUUGUACUGUUUUAGCCUCUGCCGGUCAGCAAAGGUCUCGAAUGUUGGCUAAUCUAUUCAAAGAUGAAAGGUGUCAACAGCUACCUUGCUUCAACAUUUUAGAGAAAAUGUAUCUUGAUAGGAUAAUCAAAAGGUCAGAAAUGGAUGAAAUCUCCGAAUUACUUGCCGCGCAUCAGAGGGCCAAAACUGCUGAUGGUUCUUCCAUAUUGGAUCGAGCUAUUGUUGAACACAAUUUGCUAUCUGCUUCUAAACUUUACAAUAAUAUUAAAUUCGUGGAGUUAGGAGCCAUUUUAGAAAUCGAUCCUCGAAAAGCUGAGAGAAUCGCAUCGCAAAUGAUUACUGAAGGAAGAAUGGCUGGUUCAAUUGAUCAAAUCGCUUCUAUUGUUCACUUUGAAACGAGAGAUAUUUUGCCUACCUUUGAUGAACAAAUUCAAGAUAUAUGUUUCCAAGUUAACAACCUAAUCGAAAAAAUAAGUCAAUCAUCUCCUCAAUGGAUGGAAACUACUUUAGAUGCCCAAAUGGUUCUCUAAAUAAUCAUAACUGUAUUUUCAACCCUGUUACUGCAAUUUAAAAACUAGCUUCAUUUAUUCAAAUUGUCAUUACCGGUAUCAAGUCAUUCCUCAUUUUUGUGGUUUUUUAUUCAUUUGGCGGAGUUUGUGGCAGCAUACUGACAGGUAUACAACUUAUUCAAGAUGCAAGAUACAUUGUACAUGCAUAUGAAUAAUAAUUUGUUGCCUAUGGAA